CCGCCCCCUUCCCCCGCGGCUUUUCAUUGGCGGGCCCGCCGCCCGCCCCGCCGGGGUCAAGGAGGGUGGAGGUUUGUCCCCGCAGCCCCGACACUUCCGCCCCAUCAGUCUGCACGUCGGCCCUGCCUCCCAGACCACCUUGCGGGGGGGCACCAGUGAUCUGGAGUGUGGGGCUCGGCCUCCCUGCGCUGCUGGCUGACGGUGUGACCUUGGGUCUUGGCCAUGAACUCCUCAGGAGGAGAAAGGCAGGAAGCAGCAGGGUCCAGGGGUAGAAGGGCCCCCAGAUCCCGGGAACAGGACCGAGACGUGCAGCUGUCCAAGGCUCUGUCCUAUGCCCUGCGCCAUGGGGCCUUGAAGCUGGGGCUCCCCAUGGGAGCUGAUGGCUUCGUGCCCCUGGGCGCCCUCCUGCAGUUGCCCCAGUUCCGCAGCUUCUCUGCUGAAGAUGUGCAGCGCGUGGUGGACACCAAUAGGAAGCAGCGGUUCGCCCUGCAGCAGGGGGAUCCCAGCACUGGCCUUCUCAUCCGGGCCAACCAGGGCCAUUCCCUGCAGGUACCUGAGUUGGAGUUGAUGCCCCUGGAGACGCCACAGGCCCUGCCCCCGAUGCUAGUCCAUGGUACAUUCUGGAAGCACUGGCCAUCCAUCCUACUCAAGGGCCUGUCCUGCGGGGGAAGGACGCACAUCCACCUGGCCCCAGGACUGCCUGGAGACCCCAGUGUCAUCAGUGGCAUGCGGCCCCAUUGUGAAAUAGCUGUGUUUAUUGAUGGACCCCUGGCUCUGGCAGAUGGAAUAUCCUUCUUCCGCUCUGCCAAUGGGGUGAUUCUGACUCCAGGGAAUACUGAUGGCUUCCUGCUUCCCAAGUACUUCAAGGAGGCGCUGCAGCUACGCCCUACCCGUGAGAGCCACCACGCCAGCCCCUAUCCCUUGUGCCUGAAGCCUGUGCCUUCUACCCUCACCUCUCUCCUAGCUUCCAACCCCAGACUGACUUAGAUCUCCCUUUAACCAACUCUUAUCUCUAUCAGGAAAGCCCCUUUCCUUGGCUGGUGAUGAAGAGACAGAGUGUCAGAGUGGCCCCAAGCACUGCUCCAGAGAAAGGAGAAGGAUCCAACAAUAAAAUAUUAAUUUAUAAAAAAGAAAUUUUAAAAAGUGACAAGAGCCGGGCG